CGCACGGAGAAGUGGUCCGGGGCCGGGUAUCAUGGCGACCUACGUGGAGAUCCUGAGGAGUGAGUUUCCAGAGAUCGACGCGGAGCUUUUCGACUACAUCACAGGUGUGCUGGACGGCGGCGGUGCGGACUUCGAGGAUGGCGAGGAGGUGUUCGAGGCGGUGGGCGGCGUCCUGCAGGAGGUGUCGGCAGACUACAAGAACGAGGACGAGAUCCGGGACAUCUGCCUCCAGAUGUUCAACACACUCAAACUGAACCAGCAGCACCAGCACCGCGGCGCUCAGAGGCAGGUCCUGCUGGACGCCCCGGUGCAGCUGUCCCAGAUCUCCUCCGACGUCGGCUCGGCCGCUGAAGACGUUCAGGGCAUCUGGAUGGUGAAGCGAUCUCAGAACACGACGGUGGACGCUAAGAAGUUGGAGAAAGCCGAAGCGAAGCUCAAAGCCAAACAUGAACGCAGGAAUGAGAGAGACUCACAGAAAACCACCGGUCCACUAGUUCUGGAGGAGGCGUCGGCGAGUCAGGCGAGCAGUAAGAAGGACAACCGGGUCGACCAGUCGGGGAAGAACCGCAGCUACGACAUCCGCAUCGAGAACUUUGACGUUUCCUUCGGAGAGCGGUGUCUGCUGCAGGGGGCGGAGCUGUCCCUGGCGGCCGGCCGGCGCUACGGGCUGAUCGGGCGGAACGGCCUGGGGAAGACGACGCUGCUGAAGAUGCUGGCGAGCAGAAACCUGCGAGUCCCCGCCCACAUCUCCAUCCUGCACGUGGAGCAGGAGGUGGCCGGCGACGAGACGGCGGCGCUGCAGAGCGUCCUGCAGAGCGACACGGCGAGGGAGGGGCUGCUGGAAGAGGAGCGGACGCUCAACGCUCGCAUCGCCAACGGAACGGCGGACGGGAUGGAGAGCGUCCGGCUGUCGGAGAUCUACAUGAAGCUGGAGGAGAUUGAAGCGGACAAGGCGCCCGCCCGAGCCUCCGUCAUCCUGGCCGGUCUGGGUUUUUCUCCCAGAAUGCAGCAGCAGGCCACAAAGGAAUUCUCCGGAGGCUGGAGGAUGAGGCUCGCCCUCGCCAGAGCGCUGUUCGCCCGGCCGGACCUCCUGCUGCUCGACGAACCUACGAACAUGUUGGACGUCCGAGCGAUCCUCUGGUUGGAGAACUACCUUCAGACGUGGCAGUCCACCAUCCUGGUCGUCUCCCACGACAGAAACUUCCUGAACGCCGUGGUCACCGACAUCAUCCACCUGCACUCGCAGAGGCUGGACAGUUACCGCGGCGACUACGAGAACUUCAUCAAAACCAAAGAGGACAGACUGAAGAACCAGCAGCGGGAGUACGAGGCCCAGCUGCAGUACCGACAGCACAUCCAGGUGUUCAUUGACAGGUUUCGGUACAACGCUAAUCGUGCGGCGCAGGUCCAAAGUAAACUGAAGCUGUUGGAGAGAUUACCGGAGCUGAAGCCCAUAGAGAAGGAGACCGAGGUCACACUGAGGUUUCCAGACAACUUUGAGAAGUUGUCUCCUCCCAUCCUUCAGCUGGACGAGGUGGAGUUCUACUACAGUCGAGACCAGCCGCUCUUCUCUGGACUCAACCUGUCAGCGGACCUGGAGUCGCGCAUCUGCAUCGUCGGCGAAAAUGGAGCUGGAAAAACCACCGUCCUCAAGCUGCUCAUGGGCGAGUUGACGCCUGUCAACGGCGUCAGACAGGCACACAGGAACUUGAAGAUCGGCUACUUCAGCCAACACCACGUCGACCAGCUGGACCUCAACGUCUGCUCCGUGGAGCUGCUGCUCAACAAGUUCCCCGGCCGGACGGAGGAGGAGUACCGGCACCAGCUGGGCGGCUACGGGAUCACCGGGGAACUCGCCACGCGACCCGUGGCCAGCCUGUCGGGGGGGCAGAAGAGCCGCGUGGCGUUCGCUCAGAUGACGAUGCCAUGUCCGAACUUCUACGUGCUGGACGAGCCCACGAACCAUCUGGACAUGGAGACCAUCGAGGCGCUCGCCAACGCUCUCAACAAGUUCAAAGGCGGAGUCAUCCUGGUGUCGCACGACGAGCGCCUGAUCCGGCUGGUGUGUAAGGAGCUGUGGGUGUGCGACGGCGGGAAGGUGCAGCGCAUCGACGGCGGCUUCGACGAAUACCGGGACAUCCUGCACGAACAGUUCAGAAAGGAGGGUUACCUGUGAGGCCCCGCCCCCCCGUCCACUAACCACGCCCACCACGUCGUGAGCCCUCCCACCUUCAUAGUCACAGCACCAAUAGGAGCGGCUCAGAGGACUUUGUUUUUUCCUGGACUCCCACCUGUGGCUCAGGUGAUCCGCUGCCGUGCGAUUGGCUGCUUCUCCUGGUGAUGUCACGGUGAACUGAGGAGGCGGGGCCAUGGGGAGCCGCUCGCUCGGUCUUCAUUUGAAGUGGAUCUGUGGUCAGUCGGUCACCUGGCUGGAUUCUGUUUCGUAUCAGAUGCUUUUUAGCCAUCUUAAAAAUGCUGAUCAUCAAACGUUUACACCCGCAGAUGAAAUAAACAAUCACA